AUGAGGAUGAUGAAGGAGAACGUGCAAGGGUUCUUCGAUCUGCCCCACCACGAGAAGCAAAAGUCAGCCCAGAAACCCGGAAGUCUCGAAGGUUACGGGCGGGCUUUCGUCACCUCUCACGACCGGAAGCUGCGGUGGAACGACACGAUCUUCCUCAAAUGCCAUCCCCGCUCAUGCGAAAUCUUGAUUCGUGGCCAAAAAUCCCCCGGAAUUCAGGUCAUUCGGAUAGCACUGGAGAAAUACAACGAAGAUAUGAGGAAGCUGGCAGCGGAAGUAGUGAAGUAUAUUGGAAUGGCGUUGGGGAUUCAUGAAGGCGAAUUGGAUCUGUUGACGAAAAGUUUCGGAGAAGGGAAAUACGAGGUCAGGAUGAAUUACUACCCAGCAUGCCCGGAACCUGAGAGAGCAAUAGGCCUGUUGCCACAUGCCGACAUCUCGGGGAUCACCCUGUUGACGGAGUGCGGCAACAUCCCUGGCCUUCAGGUCCUUAGCAAGGACAACUGCUGGGUCACGGUUCCACCCGUUCCCGGCGGCAUAGUCGUGAAUUUAGGUCAAAUCAUGGAGGUUUACAGCAAUGGCACGUACAGAGCGCCGGAUCACAAAGCAGUGGUGAACAAAGAGAAGGAGAGGGUGAACUUGAACUCGACGCUGCCGGUGUCGAGUGUGCAAGAGCUGGUCAGGCAGCGAUAG